GGGGCCCGCCCCGGGGGCGGUGCCUCCCCCGCCCCGGCCGUGCCGUUCCGUUCCGUGCCGUGCCCGCCGCCAUGAGCGCCCCGGAGCCGGGGGGCCGGGGGCUGAGCUUCGCCGAGGGCCUCCUGCGGCGGCACGGCUGGAGGCAGGGCAAGGGGCUGGGCAAGCGGGAGGACGGCAUCAGCCAGGCCCUCAGGGUGAGGGUGAAGUGCGACAGCGCGGGGGUGGGUCACAAUGCGGCCGAGCAGUUCUCCUUCCACUGGUGGGAUCACGUCUUCAACGAGUCCGCGGCCAACAUCGCUGUGGAGGACGGGCAGGACGGUGUCUGCGUGAGGACCCUUGGUGAGCAGCGCACUGGGAUCAGCAACAAGAAGCCCCGCAAGGCCGCCGGCGCUGGCUGCAAGCUGUACGGCCGCUUCGUGAAGGCAGCCACGCUCACGGCACGCGGGGAGGAGCCGGCAAAGCUGCCUGCAGGCUCGGAGAGCAGCGAGGAGGAGGAGGAGGAGAAAUUGGACCGCUCUUCGGCCCGGAGGCUGACGGACGAGGAGCUGGUGAGAGCAUGCGGGGGCCGCACAGCACACAAGGGGGCCCGUCACGGCCUGACCAUGAGCGCCAAGCUGGCGCGCCUGGAGGAGCAGGAGCGAGCCUUCCUCGCCACCUACGAGCAAAAGAGGGAGCAGCCCCAGCCCGCAGAGCUGCAGGAGAAGAAGAAGAAAAAGAAGAAAAAGAAAUGGGCUGGAGAUGGAGCUGAGGCUGAGGCGCCGCAGAGCUGCGAGCCAAGUGGAGAAGAGGAGGUGGAAGGAGAGGAAGAGAAGGUUGUGAAGAGAAAGAAGAAGAAAAAGAAGGACAAAGAAGAACUGGCUGAGACAGAAUUACCUCUAGAAGAGGCAGAAGGGGCAGAGCAGGCUGGGCACAGCCCCAAGAAGAAGAAGAGGAAGAAGAAGCGGAGGGAGGAGGAGUGAAUGCCGCCGGUACCGCCUGGCUGGGAGGGCACCAAUCCUGCCUGCGGCACUGGUGGGCACCCAGAGCUGCAGCCGAGCCGUGCGUGAGCUGCAUGGGGCUCCUGGGCUUGUUGGGCUGGGGCUGGAUGGAAUUUUGUUUCACCCACGGAGCCUUCCGCCUGCCUGGGGUGCGCUGAGAUCCCCCCAAACCCUAGGGCUGGGACGUGUUUGUUACGGGUCCACCACCGACGGACACAAGAGCAGAGCCCACCGAGCAUUGGUUUGUUUCCCAAGGGCAUCAAUAAAACUUUAUUGCAGUGAAA